GGCCAUUUGCAGUCUGUUUUGGCGUCGCGGGUGUGAAGGAACGCACUUCGUUUUUACAUUUAGUUUUAGGUUUAGAGCGUUCGACUUAAUGCCGGUGUCGUCCAAUUUAAGUUAGACACAGCAUUAAGCAACGGCCUUUUAUAUUUGUAAACGUUUAAAAAACGUACACAUAAAUAUUAAGGAUUAAGAUGGGUCGCAGUCGUAGCCCCGCUUCGCCCGCACACAGACGAAGGGAAAAGGAGCGCACAGAACGCAAAAAGCGCCGAGAAAGACGCUCAAGAGAAAGAGAAGCCAUUGGGAUUGGCACCAGCAGCAGUCGCCGUGAGCGGGAACGUGAUCGUGAGCGCGAAAGAAGCCGCAGCCGGGACCGUGAGCGUGAGCGCGACCGUGAACGUGCGAGGGGAAGGCGUUCGAGAUCCCGUUCACGUCGUGCAGGCAGCAGCUCAGGCCCUUCGACAUCCAGACGCGCCACACGGAACAAUUCAGCGAAUGCAGCUGCAGAGCGUCCAAAGAUCAAUGAAGCAGAUCUGGAGGGUAAAUCGCCGGAAGAGGUUGAGAUGCUGAAAACAAUGGGCUUCUGCACCUUUGACACCACCAAGAACAAGAAAGUCGAGGGCAACGAUGUUGGUGAAGUGCAUGUAAUCCUCAAGCGCAAGUAUCGCCAGUAUAUGAACCGUAAGGGUGGCUUCAAUCGGCCGCUCGACUUUGUCGCAUAGCCAGCGGCAACUAGUUUUUUAAAUAUUACUGCUACAUUUUUUCACGUCCCUUGCGACUGCAAGGCGACGGACCUGCAAUUUUAUGCAAUAGACCGGUUUACAAAAUUCCCCAAAUUUGCCACACAAAAUUUCCACAAUCAUCACUCAACACAUACAAAUACCUCAUAUACAACUAGCCAGUUAUUUAGUAGUUUAAGUCAAUUGCGUUGUUUUAAAAUUAGCUUUUGUGCGCCUUCAAAGCAAAACAAGAGUUAAUUUUACAACGAUGGCAACGC